AUGAUCUUGUAUAGCAAAAAUCUCGCCUCAUUCUGUGAAGCAAAACCUCCGCCUCAUUCCCAGAAGCAAGAAUCCCCGGCUUAUCCUCAAAAACCUUCGCCUCCAUUCCCAGAAGCAAAACCUCCGCCUCAUUCCCAGAAGCAAACCUUCAUUCCAGAAGCAAAACCUUCGCCUCAUUCCCAGAAAAGCAAAACCUUCGCCUCAUUCCCAGAAAACCUCGAAGACUCCGCCUCAUUCCCAGAAGCAAAACCGCUCAUUCCAGAAGCAAAACCUCCCGCCUCAUCCCAGAAGCAAAAACCUUCGCCUCAUUCCAGAAGCAAAACCUCCGCCUCAUUCCCAGAAAAGCAAAACCUCCGCUUCAUUCCAGAAGCAAAACCUUCGCCUCAUUCCCAGAAGCAAAACCUUCGCCUCAUUCCCAGAAAGCAAUUCCAGAAGCAAAACCUCCCUCAUUCCCAGAAAAAAACCUCAGAAGCAAAAACCUUCGCCUCAUUCCCAGAAGCAAAACCUUCGCCUCAUUCCCAAAGCAAAACCUUCGCCUCAUUCCAGAAGCAAAACCUCCGCCUCAUUCCAGAAGCAAAACCUUCGCUCAUUCCAGAAGCAAACCUUCGCCUCAUUCCCAGAAGCAAAACCUCCCCUCAUUCCCAGAAGCAAGAAUCCCCGGCUUAUCCUGAAGUACAAGCAUUCAGAAGAUUAACUUAA